AUGACUUUGCGAUGGGGUGCUGGUCAAUGGGUAGGCAGUGAGAGUAUGAAUCCGGGGUUCGAAGAUCAAAGGGACCAUAGGGCUGAGAACCAGCGACAGAAGAACCAGAAAUUCCAAAGGAGCGCGAAGAAUUCAAAGAUUGAGGAGAAGUGGGAAUUUAAACCGGGAAGGCCGGAAAUGAGAAUGAUCGACCCAUAA